UGGAUAAACAGGUAUUGUUUGGUAUCUAAGCACGCCGUGAUAUACGAUAUGAUUUAUUAACUGUUUACAAGGUUAAGAAAAAAACAUAACUGGUCGUUUGUUAGUCUACAUUGUAGUAUCUGUAUUAUUAUAGAGAGAAAAAAAAAUAAUAUGGAGGAUGAAAAGAAUCCUGUGGCAGAAGUCUCAGAAACAGCUGCACAAAAUCCUGGCACUGAGACGCAGAACGGCAUUGAAGAGAGCGCAGUAGCAGACGACAAUCAGAAAGAAGGAAACGGAGAUCCUGAAAACAUGAAUGAAAAUAUGCCAGUAGACAUCCAAGCGUCGGAUAAACAGGAAAAUGAAAAAUUAAAUGACGAAAACAAAGUUAUGGAUGAAAAUCCUGAAGAAGUAGUGGAUGUGAACCAGUUUGAUUCUGUUUCUAAUGUAAAAUCUCUUCCAGAUCAAAAUAAAUCUAUCUCAGAGACAGAAUCUCAGAGAAAAAAGGAUCCAAUUUCAGUGGAAACUUCGAAAACGAAAGUCAGAAAGCCCAAGAAGUCGAUCUAUAUUUCCUACUCUCCUGAUGCCGGAUAUCUGGAACGAAAGUUUGUUUCGGAAAUUGUUCGUCAAUUGAAGGAAAAUAACUUAGGGGAUGAUAUUUGGUUCGACAAAGAUGAGCAGAAUACAGAUAGCCCAUCAUGGUUCUCGCUUAGGAUGGAAGCCACUGAAAAAUGUCGAGCGGUUAUACUGAUUUUAUCAGAGAGCUACUUCUCGUGUCCGGUAUCUGUUUACGAAGGAAAAACUUUGCUGGAACGAUUGAAAUUGGAACCAAAUUGUGUAAAGGUCUUUCCAGUUCUUUAUUCAUCGAUUGACAAUAAUGACAUCAUCAAACAAUUCGCUCCAAUCAUGAAGAGACCUGUUGAUCUUACAAAAAGACAUUUAAAGAAAAGUGUCGCAGAAAAAACGUCGAUCGUUAUUGGGGAAAUCAUGGAAGAGAUAGAAAAAUUUGGAUCUUUAAAUUCGACCUCAACUCCUCUCUUCCGACCAGAUACGGAAAUGUCUGGAGAAUAUUUGAACAAGAAAAUUUGUCAGUGGACUGUUGGUGAUUUACAGGAAUGGUUGUUCAAUCUUGGAAUCAAGGAAUUUUAUUUGCAGAGUCUGGCUGAGAAUAUGAUUGAUGGGUUCCUUUUAAUGUCAUUGACGGAUCACGACAUGGUUCAUUAUUUGGGAAUAGACAGUCGUGUCGUGCGCAAGAAGAUCAUGCAGCAGAUUCUAUUGACGCUAGACAAAGAACACAAGCAGGCGGACAACUGGCAUCUACGUGCCCGUGCUCAGAGAAUGAAAGAAGAUCUGGUUUAUUUAAUUUACGACCCCGCAGAUGUUCGAUUAGUGCAGAAUAUUAAAGCUGAUUUGAGAAGAAAAAAUCUUCAGGUAAUCCACCAUGACGGUCAGAAAUUGGGAAAAUCUAAGGAAGAAUUCCUGCGAAUAAAUGGACCGCAGAUUGCUACAGCUUCUCACGUUGUUGUGGUGAUGACGGAAGCAGCGACGUUGUCACCGUUUGUAUAUCAUGAAGCUCUGUUUGCUGAUUGGUUGGGGAAGAAAUUGGUGACCACUAUGUUCAAAAAUACCUGGCAUAAACUUCGACCAUCAGCAAAGGCUGUUUUAGGUGAUUGUCCAGCUAUAGAUUUUGAGAGUAAAUUGUACAGUGAGAGUCUGGAUGUUCUUGAACAUCAUAUUAAACCGUUACGACGUGUGCCUGGAGUCGUACUAGAACAGGCUUACUUAAACAAGAUGGCCGAAGGUCUGAAACCAUUUCACGAAAUAUCCUCCACAGGAAAUGGCAUCAGAAAUUCUUCUUCUUCGGCCUCAAACGAACCUCGAGUGUUCAUCAGCUAUCAUUGGGACAUGCACACGCGCGUUGACGAAAUACGACAGGCACUGGAGAAAAAUGGAUUCUUGUGUUGGGCAGAUAUUAAUUUACCGAGAGGUAACAGUAGCAGAAGCAGUCGGGCAAGUUUAAGCAACGGGAACAACAGCUGUGUGGAUGCCAGCAGUGCAACGUUACAAGGCCAAAUUCAUCGCAAUAUGAAAGAUUCAAAGGUGGUUCUUUCGUGUAUUACACCAAAAUAUCUCCAUAGUGACAAUUGCAGCAAAGACUUAACAUUAGCGGAUACUUUUAAUAAACCGAUUAUCCCCCUUCUUUUACGAUUUACUCCAAUUGACAGUGCCCCAUUACCAGUUCGUAAAAUUUUAUCGCGACACUCUUGCGUGGAUUUGAGCAAUGAGCGUCUGUAUAAACAAAACAUCAACGUCGUUUUAGACAAAGUGAAAAAAUUAGCGAGUCCACGAUGAAAUGCCGAAAAUUAUUGUCAAAAUGAGAGUGAACUAACAUUUACCAAAAUUUGUGAAGAAAAUCUCAAGGAUGAUAUUUUUCUAAUUUGCUCAAAUAUUUUUUACACAAUAAAUAACAAAGUACAACAAAAAAUGUUAGCUAUACUAAGAAGUGAUAUCUGUUGUUCCAGAAAGCAUAUUCUGUCUCCUGCAUGAUACUUCUUAUAGUUAAGUGGGAGUGAAAAUGAAAACCUCGUCAUGAGAUCAGAGUUGAUUAACUGUCCAGUACGGUGUCCUCAGAUUUAAAUUGCUGUUGACCACCCAAAGGUUGAAUUUUUGGAACCAUGAACUAGGCCUCAAGUUCAUAUUCAUGUUAAGGGGAACAACGCUGUUCAAAAAAUGCUUAAGCCUCCGCCAAUUCAGGUAUGAUCAACAUGGAACCUGACAGACAUGUUCCUGGGACAAUUGGGCAUCGAUUGAGUGAUUUGGAUUGUGAUAUGACAUCACAAUUCCAAGAUGGCAGCGAUGAAGUCAUUCUCAGUUCCUGGUCCACAGUUGGCUACGCUCGUCCUUUUUUCAUUCCUUUACGCUUUAAUAGAAAAGUUAGAGCAAUCAAUACAAUAAAUUUAUCUUUACGCUUUAAUAGAAAAGUUAGAGCAAUCAAUAUAAUAAAUUUAUCUCGGAUAGUGUUUUUAGUUUUAAUUUGUUGUUCACCGCCCAUGAAUUCUUUCAUUGGACUGGAGUGAAUGAAGUUCAAGGUCUCUUAGGGUAAAUACAGCAGCCAUUUUGGUUGUUGAAAUAUCAGAACAAUUAAUCUAAUAAAUUUAUCUUGGACAGUG